AUGGCCGUGGAUUUCGAGGGCGUAGAGUUGCAUCGAGAAGGAAAGCUGUGCCUGGUUCAGAUGACCUUGAGUGACCGCCCCAAUCUCGUCUAUGUCUUGGACGUCUUCGUUCUGCACAAUGCCUUGCUCAUGCAGACACCCCGGGGCACGUCUAUGAAAGACAUGCUGGAGAAUGACCAGGUGCUCAAGGUGUGGUUCGAUCCUCGCAAUGACGUGGACGCCUUGUUCCACCAAUUUGGCAUCCAGCCAAGCAACAUCUUUGACUUGCAGUUGGCAGAGGUUGCCGGCCGAAGAUCCAAGGGCCUCACUGUGAAGUAUGUGCAGAGCCUUCAGAAGUGCCUCUCGGCCUGCGAUCGCUUGGAGCAGCAUCAGAAAAGCUUUGCGGAGCGCAUCAACCUCAGUGGCAAGGAGCUCUUUGAGCCCUCUAUGGGCGGAGCAUACAGCAUUUUUACGAUUCGUCCGCUUCGAGAUCAGAUCCUCAUCUAUGCUGCCCACGACUCCAGAUACAUGCAGGUGCUUUACGAAUCCUACAUUCAGAAUCUCGACUCUGAGUGGUUCCAACGCGUCAUGCUGGGCAGCUCUGAAAGAGCGAAUUGGUGGUACGGAGCGUACGUGCGUCCCUCGUCAGACGCACCAGAUUUUUAA